CUUAAAUACGAUACAACAGUCAGUUAAUUACGAAUGGAAACUUCAAGAUUUUACAAGGUAUACACAUAAUAUAGAUUUGACAAUUAAAUCACCAAAACUUCAAGGCGAUUUCCUACCCAGUAAUUUGUGGUAUGUAAAGUUGUAUUUUCAUAAUGAAAGCUCAGACAAAAAAGAGUGGAUAUCGGUAUCACUGAAAUCACAGUCUGAAAAUUCGGAAAAAUUGAAACAAUGGUCAAUUUUUAUUUUAAAUAAUAAAAAAGAAAUGGUGCUUAUCAAACAAUUUGAUGUUACUCCAACUAAUCCCUUUGUUAAUUCAUAUCAAAACUUAAUUGAGAAAAAAAAACUUUUAAACAACAGAGAUGAAUUUUUACUUUAUGACACAUUGACUAUAGGCAUAAAGUUGGUUGUACAAUUUGACGUUCCAGCAAGUGACAUUAAAUUUCUCCCAAGCUUAAUGAAAAGAUGUAUCGGAGAUGAUUUAAAGGAACUUUUAAAGAAUAUGACCGAAUGUGAUGUUACUUUAAUAGUAAAGAAUGAAGAAUUUCAAGCACAUAAGGCCAUUCUGAUGACACGCAGCCCAGUGUUUACUGCAAUGUUUUCUCAUGAAAUGAAAGAAAAAAAAGAAAAUCAAGUAACUAUACCAAACGUCGAUCCAGUGAUAUUUAAGAGAAUAUUAGAAUUUAUUUAUACUGAUAAAGUUGAAAAUCUUAAAGUUUACGCUGAAAGAUUGCUUGAAGUCGCAGAUCAGUAUCAAUUAUCAUAUCUGAAAGAGCUUUGUGAAGAAUCAAUUGAAAAAUCUAUAACUGUUGAAAACGUUUUUAAGAUAAUGACAUUGGCCGAUCAUGUAAAUUCUGAGCAAUUAUUAGAUCGUUGUAUGUACGUGGCUGCUGCUGAUAUUAAUUCAAUAAUAAAUACUAAAGGAUAUAAAGAAGCCAUCUCAUCCCCUCAAUCGACACGGAUACUAUCAAAACUAGUUGAGAAAUUAGCAUUUAUAAUUGCUGAUAAUAAAUCUGAUGAUCUAACCACGAAUGUGAUCAAAAAUAAAAUGCGACCUUCCUGGCAUCGUCAGUGACCAUUAUCAGCAAUUUUUGAUUUGCUAUAAUUAAAUCAAUUUUCUGUUUCUCAUUAUUGUAGAUGUUUAUAUUACAGUUGCAAAAAAUAUCUAUAACAUUAUUAAAAUAUCCAAUGUAAUUUUUUCUGACUUGAUUUAUCACUCAAUAUUUUCCAACAUGAAUAAAAAAUAAUAAUUUUUGCUUCAA